AUGGACUACCUGCUGUCAGAAGGACCUACCCAACCCCCAUCAAUCUCAAGGGGAUUUUCUCCACCUGAGCAAGCUGAAGCUUGUGCCCUCUGUGCUGACCUGAAUCACUAUGUGACCGAUUGUUAUUUAGCAGCGCAAUAUCCUGAAUUUAUACAGGAAAAGGUACAAGCCGCUCAGGGUUUUGCCAACCCAGGUAACGACCCAUUUUCCAACACCUAUAACCCAGGAUGGCAAAACCACCCCAAUUUCUCAUGGAAAAACCCUCCUAAUCCACCCUUUAGGCCACCGUUCAAUGCCCAACCUAAUGCCUAUAGGGGUGGACAACAACAACCUUACUCUCAACCUCAACAUACCCCAUCUUUUGAGAGUGAGGUAAUGAAGGUGUUGAGAGGUAUUGACCAGAAAGUGGGAUCAACGACCAAUUAUUGCACUCCUACACUCAAUCAGAGAGAGACUGGCCAACUACCAAGCCAACCUAUUGGGAACCCCAAUAAUGUUCAAAUAGGGAGGGGUAUGGAACAAGUCCAGUCGGUUAGAGUGUUAAGGAAUGGUAAGAGGGUGGAAAUACAUAACACACCACCUACCAACGAGGACUUCCCCUCUAAUACCCCUCCACAGACCACACCAGCAGAGUCCACCCCAGCCCAGGCAGAAGUUGAAUCAGAGGCACUGAGGCCUCUCAUUGAUGGGAAUAGAACCAUUACACCUUCAUUGGUCCGUUCCCAGGAAAAUACUGAGAAGGAGAAUGAGCGACCAAUUGGGGAGGGACCUCAACCGGAUAAGUAUACACCCCGAGUCCCUUUCCCUGACGCUCUCAAAACUUCAUCCUCUCCCCCAUUUGGGAAGCAAGGAGAGAAGAUGAAGGAGAUGUUGGAUUUGUUUCAACAAGUCCACAUCAACCUUCCAUUAUUGGAUGCAAUCGAGCAGGUUCCAGCUUACGCUAAGUUUCUGAAAGACUUAUGCACUCAGAAGCGUAAGCUGAGGAACCAAACUCCCAAAACCAUACACCUCACAGAACAGGUAAGUGCAGUUAUCACUGACCUACCCCCCAAGCUAAAGGAUCCUGGUGCACCACUCAUCUCUUGUGUCAUUGGAGACCUCUCCAUUGACAAAGCAUUGCUGGAUCUGGGGGCUAGUGUGAAUAUCUUACUUGGUUCGGUUUUUGAGAAGUUUGGAUUAGGAGAGUUGAAGUCCACUGAAGUCAUACUUCAGUUAGCUGAUCGUUCUGUGAAAAGACCUCGUGGACUUCUAGAGGAUAUUCUUGUGAAGGUAGAUGAUUUAUACUUCCCAGUGGACUUCCUAGUCCUUGAUAUGGAAUCUACCUCAGCUAAGCUUCCCCCUGUCAUACUAAGGCAUCCAUUCUUGGCGACCGCCAAUGCUUACAUUAACUGCAGGUCAGGUGCCAUGGACAUAUCGUUCGGGAACAAGAAGCUUCGACUAAACAUCUUCAAUGCAUCCCUAGGACCCUACAGAGAAGACGAGUGCUUUGCUCUGGACAUGAUUGAUGAAGCUGUAUCUCAGUACACUUCCCAGAUCCUUACUAAUGAUCCUCUGCAGCUUGUGAUGUCCUUUAGGGCAGAAGACUUUGAUGAAGAGGCCUAUACUGAAGAGGUGACGCCAUGUUAG